UAUUAAAAAAAAAUAAAAAUAAUUUCGCGAGAUUCCAAAAUGCCGAGAGUGUAGCCUAGCAGCAGCAUUGUAUUAUAAAAUACUCAAUCAAACAUACACACACACACACACACAAACACAUACAAUCCGAAUUCAUGGACAGCUAGUCUGGUUUUACACACACACACACACUUGUCAGCCAAUAUCGUGGAUUGUGUGUGUGUGUCUAUUUUAUUUUGGACACUAUUUCGAACCUAAUUGGAUUCUUUUUUUUUUUUUUUUUGAUUCUUUCAUUUUUUUUUUCUAACAUCAUUGAUCAUCACAUGUUAAACACAUUUUUUUUUUAUUUUUGAAAAUUUCAAUAUUCAAUAAAAUGGAAAUUUUAUCCGAAUCCGGUAUACGUGCUGAUGGCCGCCGUUCAAAUGAAACACGACAUGUGAAUUGUAAAUUGGCCGUAUUCGAACAAGCAGAUGGAUCAGCAUAUUUUGAAAUUGGUAAUACAAAAGUUUUGGCCGCCGUUUAUGGACCACAUGAAUUAAGUGAACAAAAUAAGAAUAAAUCCAUACAUGAUCGUGCUAUUAUUAAUUGUCAAUAUUCAAUGGCAACAUUUAGUACAUCGGAACGUAAAUCCCGUCCAAGAGGUGAUUUUCGUUCAUUGGAAAUAAAUGCCUAUUUGAAUGAAAUAUUUGAAACCGUUAUUAUUACUGAACUUUAUCCACAUUCACAAAUCGAUAUCUAUUUAGAAGUAUUACAAUCAGAUGGUAGUAAUUAUAGUGCAUGUGUUAAUGCAGCAUCAUUGGCAUUGAUUCAUGCCGGUAUACCUAUUAAAGAUAUUAUCUGUUCUUGUUCAGCUGGUUAUUAUAAUAAUGUUUCAUUGGUCGAUCUAAAUUAUUUGGAAGAAUCAAUUCAUUCUAUACCAACCAUAUGUAUAGCAUUGUUACCGAAAUCCAAACAAACCGUAUCGAUUGAAUCAAAUGGCCGAAUAAAUGUAGAUUCAUUGGAAAAAUUAAUUGAAAAUGUAAUCGAUGGUUGUAUGCAAAUAUUGGCAGCAAUGAAAACUGUUGCAUCUGAUUAUAUUAAAGAAUUGAAUGUAUGAAAUUUA